AUGAAGCGUUUCUUCUUUGGUAGCGGUUCCAAGAGCCAAAAGGCACGACCUGUCGAGGAUAAGUGGAUCGUGGAAGAGCGUUCCAUCGAUGAAGCCCGUCCCCUGAGAGUCGUUAUCAUUGGAUCGGGCAUUUCUGGAAUCAUCGCCUCCAUUCGCUUCAGACAACGGAUCCCCAACGUGGAUCUCUGCGUGUAUGAGAAGAAUGAAGAUAUCGGGGGCACCUGGCUCGAGAACAGAUAUCCCGGUUGUGCGUGUGGUGAGGCUCAUCAUCUUCCUGCGCGAGUUGUCUCGCGUCAAUGGCGACCGACGCUUACGAUGUUCGCAGACAUCCCAGCCCAUACGUAUCAAGCUACUUUUGAGCCAAACAAAGAAUGGUCGACGUUCUAUGCUGCCGCUCCGGAGAUCCACGCGUACUGGAAACGUGUGGCUGAAAAGUAUGGUUGCAUGAAGUACGUCAAGCUGAAGCAGGGAGUCGUUGAAGCUGUCUGGGACGACUCGAAGAGCAAGUGGCAAUUGAAGGUUCAAGACAUUCAGACAAACACGGUGUACUCGGACGAAUGUAAUAUAUUGAUUUCCGCAACUGGUGCAUUGAACUCGUGGAAGUGGCCAGAUAUCCCAGGCUUGCACGACUUCAAGGGCAAGCUGCAGCAUAGUGCCCGUUGGGAUGAGACCUAUGAUUAUACCGGCAAAAGAGCCGCGGUGAUAGGAAAUGGAUCGAGCGGCAUCCAGAUCGUUCCUGGCAUGCUACCAAAGGUAGCUCACAUCGACCACUACAUUAGGGGGCGAACAUGGCUUUCCCCCACCUUUGCCCGCCAACAUGUGGAUAAACGAGGGGGAGCUGAACUGGAGAACUUCUCGUUUACUCCAGAAGAGAUUGAAACCUUCAAGAAGGACCACAGCGCCUACCAGAGGUUCCGCAAAGAAAUCGAACUCGAGUUGCAAUCAGUCCACGGUGUGACGCUACUUGGCACACCUGAACAGAUCGGUGCGAGAGAGGUCUUUUUACAGAAUAUGAAGCGCCGACUCUCGAGGAAACCUGAACUGUGCGAAAAUUUGAUACCCUCAUUUCCUCCUGUGUGCCGACGGCUCACUCCAGGCCCUGGAUAUCUUGAGGCUUUGACGGACGACAAAGUGGACGUCAUCACAAGCAAGAUCGUUAAAGUCGAUGCAGAAGGGAUCAUCACAGCAGACGGACAACAUCAUCCCACGGAUGUCCUUGUCUGCGCAACUGGGUUCGACACCACAUUCACUCCGAGAUUCCCAAUCAUCGGACGCAACGGUGUCACUCUAGCCAAUCGCUGGCAGAAGACACCAGAGACCUAUCUCUCCUUGGCUGUCGAUGGAUUCCCAAAUUACUUCGUCUGCUUGGGGCCAAACGCGGCAUUAGGCGAGGGUAACCUGUUGCUUCUGAUUGAGAAGGAGAUCGAUUACUUUACGCUCUGCGUGCAGAAGAUGCAGCGUGAUAACAUCCGAACGAUGAGUGUGAAAAAAGAAGCGGUAGAGAUGUUUACUCGCUACUGUGACCAGUACUUCUCAAGAACGGUGUUUAGCGAGAAAUGCCGUAGCUGGUACAAGGGAGGGACCGAGGAUGGCAGAGUCACUGCAUUAUGGCCCGGUUCCUCGCUUCAUUCAAUGAAAGCUCUUGCGUAUCCUCGUUGGGAGGAUUACACGUACGACUAUAUCAAUGACAAUCCAAACGGCUGGCUUGGAGACGGCUGGACGGAGAACGAAAAGUUGAAGAAGAUCAACGUGGAUUAUCUGAACGAUGACGAAAUUGAUUUUCCAGCAACUGUCAUCGCGGUAUCGGAUCAGUGA